AUGACUGAGUGGGAGACUGAGGGACAUGAACCUCACAACAUGGCCAACAUCAUGCAGGCACGUGGCGCGGCCCAACUAGGUGAAUAUAAUGCAAUAAAAGGUUUACUGGACGCUGGACUUGUGCAGGCGGGCGCUACAGAUCCAGAUGAUUGUUCAUUGUUGCAUUGGGCUGCCAUUAAUAAUAGGUUAGAUGUGAGUUUUACGUUUCUUGUUUUAUGUUUAGGUAUCAAUUGUAAAAAAGGAAAUUAGGCAAUUUUUAUAAGAUUUUUUAAAUUAUUCAUUCUUUGUAAUCUUCAGGUAGCUCGGCUUCUGAUUGAACGAGGAGCUCCUGUGAAUGCCAUCGGUGGGGUCUUGUCUUCUACUCCAUUACAUUGGGCUUCUAGACAUGGCCAUCAUUCAAUAGUCGCUUUGUUAAUACAAAACGGUGCUGAUCCCGAGAUCAAGGACGGUGAAGGUUUUAUGCCCAUUCAUAUUGCUACUCAAUUUGCCUCUGCUCCUGUAGUUGCAUAUCUGAUAGCUAGUGGUCAAUCUCCAAAUGCUCUAGACUCGACUAAAAUGACACCAUUGAUGUGGGCUGCUUUUAAAGUGCAAGGACCAAAUCCCCUUAACAUGCUCAUACAGUUGGGAGCUGACGUUAAUAUGGUAGACUCUAAUUUUCAUGAUACGGCGUUACAUUGGGCUGUGAUAUCUGGUAAUACGAUUGCGGUGAGAGAACUUCUGAAGACGGGAAUUGACAUUGAUGCUGUGAAUAGAGUAGGUUGUUUUGUAUUAGUUGACAUUUAAUUUUAGCGUUUUUGUAUUGUCUUUAAUGUUUGUGGAUUUUAACUUCAAUUUUUCAGCAAAAUGAAACAGCGUUGGACAUAGCAAAACAACAAAAUCGAAAUGUUAUCAUAAAUAUGCUGGAGGUUGCCAGACGGAAACGAAAACAAACUCCUAUUAGCUUCAAGCAGAAACUAUACGAAGAUGAGGUAUUUUAUUGUUUUUCUUAAUUAUACUAUUUUUGACUACAUUUACAUAAAGUGUAAUUUUAGGUAAUUAAGAAGCGAAUAAUAAUGUUAAUCCCGGCCGUUAUCUUUACAACAAUGUUACUAACCUUUUAUGCCAACACCGAUCUCAGAUUAAAAAUAUUUUUGUUUGUUAUCUACUUCAUAUGUGGAAUAUUUGUAAAAACGUGGGUUUCUUUUAUUUAAACGUACUCUUUUAAUUUUUUUUGAUUUUUAAACUUAUAUGGUUGUAGUUUUAAAAGUAUGUUAUGGUAAUUGUGAUUUCAGUACGUACUUAAAGUACAACCGUCGAGAAUGUAUAGACUACUUACCAAUGAGUAUGGCAUUUUCUACUAUAAUGUUGUACAUCUUUACCUGGUUCACCUUCCUCAACGUUACUAUGCCAUGGCAUACGCAGAUCUUCGUAUUGUUCAUCGUAUUUCUGGUGCCGUAUUUGUUUUUGAAGUCCGUCUUUUCUGAUCCGGGGAUUGUAAAAUCAACAGAUGCUGUAAGUUUAGGUCUUUCUUUUGGUAAUGUCGAUACUAUAAAGUAGUUGAGUAUUCUGACAUACAUAAACAAUGACAUUGAUGUCAUUUAAUACCUAAAAUUUAGGAGAAAAUGAAAGCGACGAAAGAGGCGAUUGAAGAAAACUUGCUUGGCCAGCACUUUUGUGUUACAUGUCUGAUGAAGAAGUUACCACGGUCCAAACACUGUCGUAUGUGUGAGCAUUGUAUACUGAGGUUCGACCACCAUUGUCCGUGGAUUGGCAACUGUGUCGGAGGAAAGAAUCAUCGACUGUUCGUGGCUAUGCUCUUCGUCACUUUUAUUGGUUCGGCUAUCGUCACUUUGAGUUGUAUUUUCUGUAAGUUAUAGUCAAUUCUUCUGUAAUAUAUAUCCUGAUUCGUACAUCUGUAAGGUGUACUUUGUCAUUUACAGCUUUUGGUAUCUAUGAUUAUUUGCAGAUAUGCGGUCAGAAUGCUCAGAAUUGGAGUUCCACCAAGUGAUUGGGUGUGAACCAGCAGUACUUAUGACGGCUACGAUAGGUGUUCUUUCCACUGGAGUAGUCUUCAGUCUUUUGGCUAUACAAAUAUAUCAGGUAAUACACUUUCUAUUUACAUAGAUUUAUAUUCAAUUUUCCAUAUUGAUGUAAGUUCUCUGAGUACUGUAAUUCCGUUCUGUAUAUGUAUUAUUGUUUUAUUACAGUAAUCGUUUUCAGAUUGCAAGCGGAUUCACAACAAACGAGCGUCUAAAUGCUCAACGAUACGGGUACAUGACAGUUAAGGAAGAUAACAUUGUUAACAAAAGUCCUUACGAGUGAGUUUUGUGGUACUGUAACAUAUUUGUUAAGGAUUUGUGUGAACUAUCAUUAGCAACCAUUAGUUUGCAUAUUUCAAUAAGUCCUACUCAUUUCAGCAACGGAUUCACGGAAAACUUCAGAAUCUUCUUAAUGGCGAAACACUUGGACUUUGUUGACUCCGGACCCUCGCAGGAAGGCUACAUUAAUGUGUGA